CCCACUGUGCUUAGCAGUUGAAAGUUGCCGGGGACCGGGUGAACAGAGAAACCUAAAGGUUUCUACUGAAAAUAAGGAUACCCCGUUCUAUUUAAUAUCGUUGCCACGCCAGUAGGAUAUUUCAACAUGGUGGUGGUAGCAGCUGCAGGGACCGGAGGCUCCCACAAAGUGCUCCUGAUAUCGGGGAAACAGAGCGGCUCCUCUGCCGGCUCACAGCCGGCCUUCAGCCGGCCCAUCUCUGUGGUUCUACCGUCGAACCAGGCGUCGUCGGAUUCAGACUCCAACACGUCCGUGGGGCCGCCGGUACGGAAAAGACAGAGACUCACACACUUGAGUCCGGAAGAAAAGGCACUUCGCAGGAAACUGAAGAACAGAGUGGCAGCCCAGACAGCCAGAGACAGAAAAAAGGCCAAAAUGGGGGAGCUUGAACAGCAAGUCCUGGAGCUGGAGCUAGAGAACCAGAAGCUACACAUUGAAAACAGGCUGCUUCGGGAGAAAACAAACGGCCUUCUCACAGAGAAUGAGGAACUGAGACAGAGACUGGGGUUGGACACCCUUGAGUCAAAGGAGAAGGUUCAGAUCAUGCUGUCCAACGGGAACGAUGCAGGUUUGGGGAUCGGGUCUUCUGAGUCCGCAGCACUCAGGCUACGUGUGUCCGCAGCAGGUGCAGGCCCAGCAGUUCCUAAAUCUGAGGACUUCCCAAUGGAUACAGAUGGUUCUGACACUACAGACAAUGAGUCUGAUUUGCUACUGGGCAUUCUGGACAUCCUUGACCCAGAGCUGUUCCUCAAGUCUUGUGAACAGGAGUGCCAGGAGCCGCAGGUGCUGCUGGUUGGAGGGGGGAACCCAGUACCUGCCGCCACACCUGCGCCUCUGGGGGCCCCAUCAGUUAAGCUGGAGGCCCUUAAUGAACUGAUCCACUUUGACCACAUCUAUACCAAGCCCGUGGAGGAGCAGAGUGACGGGCAGUGUGACGACUCGGAGAGCGAGACGGAUGCGAAGAUCGACGAGGCUACCUUUCCCAUCGCAGAGGUGGUAGUGGAGGAGACAGUUUGCGUCAAAGAUGAGCCAGAGGAAGUAGUUAUCCCCAACUGUCACAGUCAGGUGGAUGACUUCUCUGCAGCCUCCUCCCCUGCCCUCAGCGGCCUGGAUAAAGAAGCCUGCCUGGCAGAUACAUACAGUGACUCUGGAUACGAAAGGUCCCCAUCCCCUUUCAGUAACAUGUCCUCCCCCCUGUGCUCUGAAAGCUCAUGGGAUGACGUGUUUGCAAAUGAACUCUUCCCUCAGUUAAUCAGUGUCUGAAUCAGCCCCUAAACCCAAUGAGUUAAUAUAUCCAUCUAUAUAUAUAUAUACAUGCAAGAGCUAAUGUGUAGUGUUCAAUAGCCACAAAUAAGCACACAGGCUUCAUAAUAACAUAGAACACCACUGAAUCUGCUCGUAUAUAGGCUAAAGCUAAGCACAUAAUCUCCUUUAUUACAGCAGGUCUGUACCACUGGCAAUGCUGCAUUGACUUGUGGGAGAUGGAGUUCAUGAUGGCUUAUUUUGGCAUUUCUUAAUUACUGCAAUGGAUUUAAGAAUGCUUGCAAAUCUUUCACUCAUUGUUCAAAAGGAAAUGUGGGUGGAAUCCAGUAUUGUAAAUUAAAGAGGGAUUGGGACCGAUCAUUUAAAUAUAACAUUUUAUUUAUUUGUGUAUUCAACUUCGGAGUCUCUGUAUGUACGCAUGUAAAAAGGCUUUUCUUCUAAUUUGUCAGUCGCUCUCCUUGUAGUCUAAUUACUGCAUUAAAAAAAAACUUUUUUGCAUCGCA